AUGAAGCUAAUUCCCAUUAUCCUGACUGCUCUUGUCUUUAUAAAUGCUGCAUAUUCAGCAGCUAUAAGAGAAGGUAGUGAAGAUUUGUUACGCUUCCUGAACGAUGCAUUUGAACUGAAUCUGCCUCCUGAUAACCUUAAGCCAACCAUGCUUACAGAAACGACUCUAGAAAAUGAAAAAAUCCUUUAUCCUGCAGUUACGACAGCAGAAUGUAAAGCAUCGGAAAUAGUUGAUGUUGUUGAGUCUUUUAGCAUAACUCCUAAACCAAACUUGGCUGAAAAUACAGGCAAUGCUGAAGAGAGAUCCAUUGAGAGCAGCAACUCAGACAGUGGAUUAACUGAAAGGAUAUCAGCGGAGGACAGUAGAGAUACAGUGUUUGUUUUAGAUGUUGAAAGCUCCAAGAGGUUACAGCUGAGAUCCAAACUCAAAGAAAGCCUGUCAUUACAGGAAAAUAUGAGGAACUCGGAAGAAAGUGCCAGUAUAGACAAAUCUGACAUGGACACAGAAGUGAUGGAGGGCACAAAUAAGCAUCCCGAUAUAGCAACAGUGAUGAAGGACGUUAGUAGUGAGGAAAUGGACAAACCCGAGGAGAACGUAUGGUACCGUAGCCUGAGAACAAUCAAAAACUACAGUGCUGAAAUAACAGGGGCUCCUGACAUACGAGAACUGGAUCUCGAAAUUCAGAGCUUGGCUCUGGGUCGAAUGAAUCUCAAAGAUCAAUCCGGCCAACCACAUGAAACUGACAAACACCAGCAGCACACUUACAAGAGCGCAGUAGAUUUAGACAGCCCAGAGGUUGUGGACACCUCUGACAACCAGUAUCCUGAUGGUGCCAGUGAAGAACUUGAUGGUGGUCGAGUUACAGGUCAAACAAUCAGGCUGAUCUCAGAUCAGUCCACUUUGCUGAGCAAUAGCCAGAUGAACAGAUCUGUGAACAAAGACAAAGAUAACCCCAGUAUGAAGAAAGCUAAUUUAAACCCGGGGAACAGCAGUCAGGGCACAGUGGAUAACAGUACAGAAGUUGCUGCUCAGAACCCAGGAUGCACUGAGACAUCUGUUGAACAUCCAAAAGGUGAGAACAGCAGUCUGGAUCCUAAUAAAGUGGAUCAGAAGUUCCGAAAGGACACAGUGAUCUAUCAGAACCAGCUGAGGAAAUUAUGUCCCAGUAAAAGAGUAAGAACAUCCAACAACCCAAGAGAACAGCUGGAUUUAGAAGAUAGUCCAGAGAGGGCGAACAGUGAAUAUUUGGAUAACAGCAGAGAGGAACAUGUGUCACUUGCUGUGUAG